CUCCACCUCUAUCUCUAUUUGCAUCUGCUUCAUUCUCUUUGGUUGAUAUUGUGAUUUCACAACUCCUGGUAAACCAGCAGUCCAGUGUCAACAUACACGCUCACUUUUUUGCACGUUUUUCAUCUCAUUCCGCAGUGGAAAGUCGUUUUGCUCUGCAGACCCUGACAUCCCUGUGUUGCUUGACAAUCCGUCCACACCCUUCACGCCUGGAAAAGAAAAGAAAAGAAAAGAGAACAAAAUGAGGGUGUCAGUCCUCGCCCUCGCCUUGUCAAGCGGUGCAUCAGCCCUGCCUGCUCUCGGCGGUCUUGCAGUCCGUCAAGCAAGCCAUCUCGCCAACCGAAACGUCGAGUUCAAGGGCGCCGAAGCCCCUUCGCUGAUAGACGACAUGAACCUCUCCCGCGCCGAAACAAUAGCCGUGCGAGAAGAGGUGAUGGCAGACACACAGAAAAGGAGCAUGGCAAUCGAGCCAAGGCAGGCCGCCAAAACGGGAGGGAAGAAUGCGCAAGAGGGCGCUCCUCGAAUCGAGGCAAUCGGUGACAACAAGAAGAAUCCGAAGACGGACUUGACCGACUCGGAGGCGGCAGAAAUCGUGUCUUCUAUCGACUUGACGGACAAGAAGGCGCCCGGGUCACUGAAUGCCAAAGGACAGAGAAAUCCACUGCCUGGGUUGAGUGCUGAGAUGACGGACCUAAUCAUAAAGCAGGGUCAGGCAGCUCUCAAGGAAGCGGGUGCAUGAUGGGGCACGGCCGCCAUGCCGACGUACCUCGAUGCCUUCAAAUCAAAGCCUGUCUUUUAGGACACUAAUCUUUGUUGCCCUCCAUUCGAACCCUUCUCACGAGAAAUGCAAUGUCAUCAAAGAAAUUAAAUACACAUUCAAACAGUCUCG